AUGGAUGUCACAAACCAAACAGUUGUAGAGUUUGUUUUUUCUGGAUUGACAGAUAAUAACAUCCUGAAAUCCUUCCUCUUCAUACUCUUCCUGCAUGUCUACUUUGUUACCAUAGUUGCCAAUCUUGGCUUGGUGGCUAUUGUCAGGACCACAUCAACCCUCCAGAAUCCAAUGUACUACUUCCUAAGUUACCUGUCCUUGGUGGACAUUUUUUAUUCUUCUACAAUAACUCCUAAGAUGCUUGUGGGCCUUAUCUGCUGGAAGAACACCAUCUCCUUUGAAGGCUGUGCUCUUCAGUUUUUCUUCUAUGCAGCUUUGGCAGCUACAGAGUCAUUUCUCCUCUCCACCAUGUCCUAUGACCGCUAUGUAGCUAUCUGCCACCCUCUCCACUAUGUGUCCAUAAUGACGAAGAAGAAAUGUCUGUCUCUCGUUCUGGUUUCCUUCUCCAUUGGCUUUUUACAGUCUUCUGUACAGACCAGCUUUGCUUUCACUGUACAAUUCUGUGGGUCAGUCCUCAUCAACCAUUUCUACUGUGAUGUUCCUUCUGUUCUCAGACUGUCUUGCUCAGAUACUUCUACCAGUGGCAUGGUCACUGUCUACAUGGUAGGUUCUUUGGCCAUCAGCUCAUUGAUGACUAUCCUUAUUUCAUACACCCUCAUUAUCUUUUCUGUUACAAACAUGAGAUCCACAGAAGGUAGGAGGAAGGCUUUCAGUACCUGCUCCUCACACCUCAUUUGUGUCUUCAUCUUUUAUUUCACUGUAUUGUUCACAUACUUGCGUUCUCCCUCCAGUGUCUUUACCAUACGGGAUAAGGUGGCUUCUGUCUUCUACACAGCAGUGACACCAAUGCUGAACCCCCUUAUUUAUAGUCUGAGGAACCAAAGUGUAAGAGGAAUCAUAAUUAAAUUAGUCAAAAGUUUUCAGGGUCUCCAUGCAGAGUUUCCCCAACUGUGUGUAAACUUCAGGAAGAAAAUAUGCAGUUCCAACCACCCACAGCAUUAUAGAAACUGA